AUGCCUAGCGGUGAUGGGGCUCUGAUCAAUAUAACCGAGGUACUCCACGAACGGUAUCAGGAUAGCCCUAAAGAAGACGGUGAAAGACUAAAGAAGUGCUGGGGAUAUAAUGAUUGUGGUGAUUGCCAUCGGAGUGAGGGCUUUUGUGGAUGGUGCGCUAUCUCUCAAACAUGCCUACCUCUGCCAACAGACCCCUUGUCCAGAGCCUUCCCUCUACUCUCCCCCAUACGAUACAAAUUCAUCUGCGCCCUAGGGCCAGAGCGCUUUGAACUUCGCACUUCAGGCUUGGGGUGUCAAGUUUCUACCAUCACCUUCCUCACCUCUAUCGUCACCAUCGGUUGCACACUUUUUGGCGUGCUUGUACUCUAUGGUCUCUUCAGAGUUUCCACGUGGGUCAAACUGGGUCUCAGCGCUCGAAGAGGUGGCUACGUCAUAUACGACGAUGGUAGCGAGGAGGUCUGGGUAAGAAAGGGUGAAGGUUGGGGAGCGUGGUGGAAGAGAGUAAGAGGCGAGCAGAAGGAGUUUGAAGUCGAAGAGGUGCACGAGGGGACUUCGAAGAGAGGGUGGAUUUGGUGGGGUAGUGGGAAGGGAAGAAAUGUUGGGGUUCGUGGGGCAGAGAGGCGGCCGUUGCUUGCACAGUGA